CCGCCGGCCGGCCGCGGAGAGAGAGCUUGCUGGCUGGCCUACUCCGUGACCGCACACCGUUCGCCAGCACAGUUGUACCAGCGACGUGUGACGCGGACCAGUCCAUCGCCAGUACGUGUCGUUGCCGGCCCGGUGGUGCGCUCUUUCUCUCGCUCUCUCUCUCUCUCUCUCUCUCACACUCUCGUCGUCGUGUGUUCCGCGCAAACGAAACGACAACGUGUCCGCCGUUCGGGGCCGCGUGUGCACCACUCCGCACGGCUCAAGAGCCCGAAACAGUGACGGCGGCCCAGUGGUGUCCAGGCAUCGGGACCGGAGGCCGCGGGGACACGGCCCAACAGACAUGGUCGGUACGGACGGCGAACGGACGGACGGAGAGCUGCAGACGCGGCGCACCGGCGGAUCGGACGUCUGCUGAAUGACACUGGUGUCGACCGCGGAUUUGCACGUGACGCUGGCGACGGAGAGGCGUCGGGAAACACCAUGUGGUUUGGCGUAAAAUGGCCGAUCCAAACAAGAGUAAAGCGUUGUACUCGUCCGGGGUGGCGUUCCUAGGGUUCGCGUGUUUCGCGCUAGCCGCCACGGCCAUCGGGUUGCCGUUAUGGGGUUACUUCGAAAGCCCUCAAGGCGAUAUUGCAACUUCUGGAAUGGAUCGUGGUUAUUUUGGGCCGUGGCAGAUGUGCAAACAAUCGUAUUACGGCCGAACAAAGUGCGGAGACUCGAUAUCCAGGUUUCAUCCUGUUGAAACGGUAAGGAUAGCCGGAUAUUUUGCCAUCACGGGCACGCUGAGCCUGGCGAUAUUUUGCAUCCUGAGCAUAGUGCAAUUGGCCAUGGUGGUAUCCAAGGAAAAAGUUGUAAUUGCCUACAGCAAAACCGUGGUCACCAAGCUGGUGUUCGCAUUCGCAGCAACUCUGUUGGCGAUCAUCGCAGCUGGUUUAUUCGCUCUGCAGACAGACGACAAAGAUAACAGCUACCAGGUGACCAGGGGAGAAUCGUUCUAUAUGCAGAUUGGUUUAAUUGUACUGAACUUUUUACUAUUCGUGGCUGCAAUAUAUGAUUUGAUAUUUUCUCGUCGCCUGGGCGGUGACCCGACCAUCAGUCAUCGAGAUCCGUCUGGUGUCGAAGCCACCACAUUCAAUAACCCUGCUUUCAAAGAGAAAAGGUCAAUGAAUCCGAGAGGAGGUGGUGGUAGCGGCGGCAAGAUAUCGGUGACGGACGCCAGCGGCAAACCGUACCUGAGCGGCGCGACCAACGGCAGCACGAUGUCGAUGACCACCACGUUGAGCUCGAACGGGUCGUCCAUCACACCGGUGAUCCGCAGCCCUCUGCGGUCGAGCCUGAAAAAACCUCGACCGACCAACGGGACCGGCGGCGGUGGCGGCGGCAACGGGCUGGGCAUUCAGAAUCCCGGGUUCAGCGGCACGUCGCCCACCCUGUCGCGCAACGGCAGCGUGAAAAAGGUCCGCAUACAGACGCAGAGCACGGCCGUGUGAACGCAACCGCGGCCGAGUGUUGCGACUUGAGCGAUUACGACCGCGUAACCGGUAAACGGUUACCCGUCCAACCGCCGUAAUCGAUCGAAUCCGCCGCGACCGGUCGCCGAGAAAUCCGUGUACGCGGUUCUCGUCGAACGUUUUCCACCUCGGGGUUCUCAUCACGCGAUCUGUCACCGCUACAGUAAUGAUAAUAAUUAUCAAUACAUAAUAUCGUAUCAAUAUAAUAUACAAUAUAAUUGUUAACGAUAAUUACGACGAUAAUAAUUACAAGGCGUAUUGUCGCUACGAUAACAAUACGCACACGCACGCGCGCAUUUGAAUAGGAAAAAAUAAAACAUAAAAUUACGGCACUCGCGAACGCGCCGAUACGCUCGCACGCACAUUUUCUUAUUUGCACGCACCGGUUUUUAUUAUUGUUAUUAUUAUUAUUAUUAUUAUUAUUAUUAUUAUUAUUAUUUUUAUUAUUAUUAUUAUUAUUAUUUUGUUUCGUUAGUCGUAUUAUCGAUAGUUUGUUAUUUAAUCAAAAAAAUUGUUUUUGGUUAAUUUUUUUUUUUUUUACACCUAAAAUAUUACAUGUGUAUAAUAAGUAUAUAUAUACGAACGUGCGUGUGUACGUGUAUGCGUGUAGUUUUGUAAAAA